GUAAUUAACUUUGCAAAACAAGAACCAUCUGAAAAGGCCAAGGCUCUGUAGUAGUAUAUAAGAGGGAACUCAAGCUACGUAUACAUAUAACUUCCACGUUGCCAGCCACAACCACUCCUUUUAUCUUCUACAGAUAGUUCUACUUGUCCUUCUUCCUCUUCGAUCUACUUCAGAUUUCAGAGAAAACUAAUGGCGUUCUGGAGAAACUUGAGUACCCUUCUCCUACCACUCCUCUUACUAGUAGGGAAGACUAUGUCGGCCACAGUGUUCACACUCCAAAACUCAUGUAACUACACCGUCUGGCCGGGAACUUUAUCAGGUGAUGGCGGCGCCUUACUGGGUAACGGAGGUUUUCCUUUGCCACCAGGUACGUCAGUGCAGCUCACUGCACAACCCGGUUGGUCUGGUCGAUUCUGGGCCCGAACCGGAUGCAACUUCGACGAUUCAGGCAACGGUCAUUGCACCACCGGUGAUUGCGGCGGACUUAAGUGCACCGGGGGCGGCGCACCACCUGUGACGCUGGCAGAGUUCACCAUCGGAAGCGGCAACAACCAACAGGAUUUCUACGACGUGAGUCUCGUCGACGGUUACAAUGAGGGUAUGGGAGUGAAGCCUUCCGGUGGCACCGGCUCGUGUCAGUACGCAGGUUGUGUUGACGACCUGAAUACCAACUGUCCGGCCGAGCUGCAGGUGACGGAGUCGGGGGCGGUUGUGGCAUGUAAGAGCGCGUGCGAUGCGUUCAACUCGCCGGAGUAUUGUUGCACCGGGGCCCACUCCACUCCGCAGACGUGCUCUCCUACGCGUUACUCUCAAUUGUUCAAGAGCGCGUGCCCGACGGCUUAUAGCUACGCUUACGAUGAUGCGUCUAGUACCUGUACCUGCAACGGCUCUGAUUACUUAAUCACCUUCUGCCCUACCGGAUCAUGAAUUCGUGAUCACUCCAUGGGCGCGUAGAAUUCGCUGAGGUUUCUUUGUUCUCUUUUGUUUUUAUUUUCAAUCUAUUUAUUAGAAUGUUCUCAUUAUUUAGUGGGGAUUUAAUUCUGGCUGGAUUUCUAAUAGUCGUUUAUUUAUUGUAAAUUCCAUUGAAACAAACAGAGUUAUAAAUGAGAGUUUGGUUA